AUGCCACCCCACGGAGGGGUGUUUGUGGGUCUCUGGCUGCUGCUGGCCCCCAGUCUUGCUGAGCACGCCCCCGGCACAGCGGGGGCCACCCUGGCCUUCGUCUUCGAUGUCACCGGCUCCAUGUACGACGACCUGGUGCAGGUGAUGGAUGGGGCCUCACGCAUCCUGGAGCGGACGCUCAGCAGGAGCACGAAGCCCAUCAGCAACUACGCGCUGGUCCCCUUCCACGACCCAGAGGUGGGACCCGCCACCCUCACCGUGGACCCCCGGCUCUUCCAGCAGCGCCUACGGGAGCUCCACGUCCAGGGUGGAGGGGACUGCCCGGAGAUGAGCGUGGGAGCCAUCAGGCUGGCUGUGGAGGUUUCUCACCCCGGCUCCUUCGUCUACGUCUUCUCGGAUGCUCGGGCCAAGGACUACGAGCAGCAGGAGGAGCUGCUGCUGCAGCACAAGCAGACCCAGGUGGUGUUUGUGCUGACGGGGGACUGUGGGGACAGGAGCCACCCCGGGUACCGUGUGUACGAGCGCAUCGCCGCCACCAGCUCGGGGCAGAUCUUCCACCUGGACAAGCAGCAGGUGACGGAGGUGCUGAAGUGGGUGGAAGAGGCCAUCCAGGCCUCCAAAGUCCACUUAUUGUCCACGGACCACGAGGACGGCGGGGAGCACAUGUGGCCUGUCCCCUUUGACCCUAGCCUGAAGGAGGUCACCAUCUCCCUGAGUGGCCCUGCCCCAGGGAUCGAGGUCCGGGAUCCGGCAGGAAAGGUCCUCGAGAAAGGCCAAGGUCUGAAGGAACUGCUCAGCAUCCCCAACUCAGCCAUGGUGGUGGCCAUGGAGCCCCAUGAGCCAGGGACGUGGUUGGUCACGACCCAGAGCAGCGGCCGCCACUCGCUGAGGAUCACCGGCAUCAGCAACAUUAAUUUUCAAGCCAGCUUCUCCACCCAGCCGGACUUUGAUGCCAGCCAGCCUGGGGAGCGGCCGGUGCAGGGUCUGCCCAUCUCCGUGGUGGUGAACUGCACCGGUCUGAAGCCACCUGGGCGCUUGCAGGAGAUCGAGCUCUUCAACACCUCCGGCCAUGCCCUCCUCUCGCUGCCCGCCUGGCCCGUCUCCAACACCUCCUCAGGGCAGCUCUGGGUAGGCUCGCUGCUCCGCGUCCCCCCCGGAGACUUUCUGCUGAAGGUGAAGGGCAAAGAUGCCCAGGGUCACCCCCUGCACCGCCUCUCCGGAGUCACCUACACCAGUGUGGUCCCUGGUCUACCCAAAGUGAACAUCUCCAGCAAGAUCCAGGCUUACAACCGGGAGCCACAGCUGAUCUCCUGCUCUGCACAGAGCGAGGUCCCUUUCCGCCUGCAGCUCAGCCGUGGUAGGAUGAAGCUCGGGGAAGAGCAACUCUUCAGGAGUUCGGGGAACAUCAGCUGGUUGAUCCCCGCAGCGUCCAAGAGCGACGAAGGGUUUUACGAGUGCACAGCCACGAGCAAGGUCGGGGUGACGCGGGCUCACGCCUACGUCUCUGUCUCAGAGCGACCGCCGCGCCUCAUAGCCCCGGGCAACAUCACGGCUUCACCGGGCCAAGACGUGGUCAUGUCCUGCCCGGUUCUGGGCGACGUACCCUACAACCUGACGUGGAGCUGGGAUGGGAAGGUGGCGCAGCCGAGGGACGGCCGGACCAGGCUGCUGCAGAACCGCUCGCUGGAGAUCAGCCGCGUGCAGCCGGGGGACGGGGGCCUGUACGAGUGCGUGGCACGCAGCGCCCACGGCACUGCCACCGCCUCCCUCUGGCUCUUUGUCCAGGAGGCGCCGUGGGUGAAGGUGGAUGCCAGCCCCCAGCGUUUCGGCAGGGGCCAGGAGCUGCGGCUGAACUGCACGGCUGGGGGCCACCCCCCGCCCCACACCACCUGGAAGCGCUGGGGCUGGGCGCUGGAACGGGACGAGAGGGUUUUCACGGAUGCUCAGGGUACCCUGCACAUCAGGGCUGCUGUCCCAGAGGAUGCAGGGAAUUACACCUGCUACGCCAGCAGCCCACUGGGCUGGGACGAGCAACUCAUCACCCUGGAGUUCACCGAGCCUCCUGCAAUCCUGGCUGUGACGCCCAGCCUGAAGGCGCUGGUGGGAGAAGACGUGACCCUGGAGUGCUGGGUUUCGGGGGUGCCCCCACCCCACAUCACGUGGUACAAAGGUGAGCAGGCAGUGGCGACGUUCCCGCUCGGCACCCAGCGCGCCGUCCUGCGGCUGCAGGCGGUACGGGAGGAGGACGUGGGGCAGUACGUCUGCGAGGCGCUCAGUGAGGCUGGCAUCGCCUUCGACAGCACCGUGCUGGAUGUGGGGUCUGCCCCUCACUUUCCCGAGCCCCUGGGGGACGUGGCGGUCGAGGUCGGGGAGAGCGUGAGCCUGCAGUGCCGCGUCGAGGGCUCUCCCCCGCCACGGGUGACCUGGUCCCGGCAGGACGGGAAGCCCGUGCCAGGCUGGCACGGGCCACGCGGUGUUUCCAGCCAGCUGGAGGCUGCCGAGCUCCUCAUUGACAGCGCCUCACUGGAUGACCAAGCUGUCUACAUCUGCGAAGCCCAGAAUGAGUUUGGGAAAAUCCAAGCAGAGGUCAAGCUCGUCGUCACUGGACAUGCAGCCCCAGAAAUAGCUCUUGCAUCCCCUGUGGUCCGUGUGCUCCCAGGCCAGCCCGUGCUGCUGCCCUGUGUGAUCCUGGCCGGGAGGCCGCUCCCAGCCCGCCGCUGGCUGAAGGACGGACAGCCGGUAGCCCCAAGCGGCCGCUACUCCAUCCGGGCUGAUGGGAGCCUGCACGUGGACCAGGCGUUGCAGGGGGACGCGGGGAGGUACACGUGUGAGGUGACCAAUGCCCUCGGCUCGCACCGGCAGGAUGUGUCCCUGGUCAUCCACGUUCCUCCCAGUAUUGAGCUUGGCCCUGUCCUUGUCACUGCCACGGAGGGAGUGGCUGUCACCCUGCAGUGCAAUGCCACAGGUGUGCCCCCUCCUACAGUCACCUGGGCAAAGGGCACAGAGCCCAUUUCGCUGAGCCCACGCUACCAUGUCAACCCUGAUGGGACCCUCCUGAUCCCUUCACCCUCCCCCGGCGAUGCUGGGACCUACUUUUGCACAGCUACCAAUGCAGCAGGCUUCUCCAGCCGGGAGAUGCAGCUCUCCGUCAGCACAAAACCCAGGAUCAGCGUGAACGGAUCGCAGGCGUCGGACCCCGUAACCAUCCUGGCUGUGCUUGGGCAGGAGACCACCCUGCCCUGCGAGGUUCAAGGCUAUCCCCCUCCCUUGGUGGUGUGGACCCAGGAGUCCCAGCCGCUGCCUCUUGCUGCUGCGAGGUACAGCAUCCUCCCUUCGGGGUCUCUACAGCUGGCCAAGCCCCAGGUGACAGACACCGGCAUCUACACCUGCACGGCCACGAACACCGCAGGGAACGCCUCGCUCAGCUACAGCCUGCACGUCCAAGCUCCUCCCCAGCUACUGAUCGGUGAUGGGGAAAGCCACCUGACGGCUGUCACCAAUGACUCCCUGAGGAUUCACUGCCAUGCCACGGGCAUCCCCGCACCCCAGAUCCAGUGGCUGAAGGAUGGGCUUCCACUGGGCGAGUGGGAUGGUGUGGUGGUGUCCGAGGAUAGUGGGACUCUGCUGAUCCCCCGUGUGGGCCUUGGUCAUGAAGGGCUCUACAUCUGCCAGGGCAGCAACUGGGCAGGGGUGGCCCAGGCAGAGGUGCAGGUUUCCGUGCAAGUGCCUCCGAACAUUGAACCCAGUGCAGUGGACCUGGCCAUCCUGGAGAACAGCACAGUGUCCCUGGAGUGCCUGGCCUCGGGGCUGCCCACUCCCAACAUUGCCUGGUACAAGGGGCACCAGCAGCUCUUGGAUGCACCAGGCUGGACCCUGUCCAGGGAUGGGAAGCACCUGGAGAUCCAGCGUGCCCAACUCUCCGAUGCUGGCAGCUACCGCUGUAGCUACCGCUGUGUGGCCUCCAACGGGGCCGGUGUCGCUGAGCUCUGGUACAGCCUGCAGGUGACUGUGCCCCCACGGAUCACAGCUGCCCCCAGACCCCUCACGGUGAUGGUGGGUGAGCCAGUGACGCUGGAGUGCGAGGCCACGGGGACCCCAGCUCCGGUGCUGCUGUGGCUGAAGGAUGGCAAUCCAGUGCCCAGCGUGGUGGCUGGUGGCCCACAGAUCCUCUCCGGUGGGCGCACGAUGUCCCUGCCCACUGCUCGCCUCCAGGACUCGGGGACAUACAUGUGUGUGGCCAGCAGCGCCGUGGGGGAGGACAGACGUGAGGCCGCCCUCGAGGUGCGGUUGUCCCCCACCACCCUGGGUGAGGAAGAGAACAUCUCUGUCACUGUCAACCAGCCGGUGACCCUGGAGUGCCUGGCCCCUGGGGUCCCCCCUCGGGGGUCCCGCUGGCUGAAGGAUGGGAACGUGCUCACACCAAAGCAGGGCAUGCAGCUGUCUGUGGAGGGGACCACGCUCCAGAUCGAGCGAGCCGCUGUGCAGGAUGCGGGCAGGUACACGUGCCAGGCGCCCGGCCACCCGGAGAGACACUACAACCUCGAUGUGUGGGUGCCCCCGUCCUUCUCCUCGGCAGAGCCUGCCGCCAUGUCCGUGCCAGAGGGGCAGUCUGUCAGGCUGGCCUGCGAGUGCCAUGGGAUCCCCUUCCCCACCCUGAGCUGGCAGAAGGACGGUGAGCCCCUCUCCACUCAGCCCGAGAGCUCAAAACUGGUGUCCGCGGGAGGGAGCGUGCUGUACAUCGAGAGGGUACAGCUGGUGGACGAGGGGACGUACACCUGCGAGUUUUUUGGCAGCAGCAGGAGGGAACAUCGCCUGGAGGUGCACGCGCUGCCAAGGAUCCAGGGCAGCACCAAAGCCCUGAGGAAGGUUUCUGUCAUCAAGGAUGGCGAGACAGUUCUGGAGUGCGAGGCCGUGGGGACGCCGCCACCCACGGUGACAUGGGUGAAGGAUGGGCAGCCCGUGGCCAGCGGGGACGGGCUCCUGCUUACGGCGCAAGGGAGGCGGCUGCGCAUCUCCAAGGCAGAGGUGGCCCACGCAGGACGCUAUGCUUGCCUGGUGGCACAUGCAGCGGGGCAGGAGCAGAGGGAGUUUGAUGUUGCAGUGCACGUUCCCCCUGAGUUCAUUCAAGGAUCAGAAUUGACAACCAACAUCAGUGUGUCUCUGCAAGGAUCCCUGACACUGACCUGUGAGGCCACUGGUAUCCCUGUGCCCACAGUCACCUGGUCCUGGAACAGCUCUCCUGUCACUCCCAGCGAGCACAUGCACGUGCUUUCAGGGGGAUGGCUGCUGAGGCUCACCCGUGCACGAGCCCAGGACAGUGGCCACUAUUCCUGCCUGGCCAGCAACGUGGCUGGGGAGGCUAGGAAACAUUUCUAUGUGGACGUCCUAGUUCCACCCCACAUUGAGAACGCUGGCAAAGAAGAGACCAUCAAAGUGCUCGAGGGUCACCCUGCCACCUGGUCCUGCCUGGCUGCGGGCAACCCACAACCGAAGAUCACCUGGAUGAAGGAUGGCCACCCUCUGCCCAGUGGAGACACCUUCUCCAUCUCCCCUGAUGGCUCUGUGCUCCACAUCCCCCGAGCCUCCCUGUCUGAUGCUGGCCGCUACUCCUGCAUGGCCUCCAGCUCUGUGGCAAAUCAAACCAAGCACUACCUGCUCGAUGUUUUGGCUGGUCCUACUUUUGCUGGAGAUGCCCACGAUGCCGAAGCAGAAGAAGUCACAGUGAUCAUCAACAACCCCAUCUCCCUGCUCUGCGAGGCUCUGGCAUACCCAUCUCCCAACAUCACCUGGCUCAAGGAUGAGGUUCCCCUCAAAGCAUCUAGAAACAUCCACCUGCUCCCUGGUGGCCAUGGGCUGCAGAUCCUGAAUGCCCAGGAAGAGGAUGCGGGCACGUACAGCUGCAUCGUGGCCAACGAAGUCGGGGAGGCUGUGAAGAACUAUGACUUGAAGGUCCUGGUUCCUCCUUGGAUUGCCAGAGAUGACUCUUUGGGGGAAUUUGCCAUGAAAGAGGUGAAAACCAGGGUCAACAGCACGGUGACGCUGGAGUGUGAGACCUGGGCUGUGCCUGAGCCAACUAUCCAGUGGUACAAGGACAAGCAGCUCCUGGAAAGCACUGGCCACCUCCAGAUCCUCAGCGAGGGACAGGUCCUUCAAAUCAAACCAGCCAGUGUUUCUGAUUCGGGGCACUACACCUGCGUAGCCACUAAUGCCGUGGGUGAAGAUGACAGGGACUUCAUUGUGCAUGUCCAAGUGCCACCCCUCUUCCAGCAGCAGAUGAGCCCCAAUGAAGCCCUUGAGAUGUUCUACCAGGAGGAAGACCAGGAUGGAGAGGUGACAGAGCACCGGCAGGCUAUCCUCGACCAGCCAACCAUGCUCUACUGUGACACCAAUGCCAUCCCACCCCAGCAGCUCACCUGGUACAAGGAUGGGGAGCCCCUCUCCCCUGGCCCAGGGGUGCUGAUGCUGCUAGGGGGCCGGGGGCUGCAGCUGCCGGCGGUGCGGGAGGAGGACGCGGGCAGGUACCCCUGCGAGGCGCCCAACGCGGCGGGGCAGGACCGCCUGCACUACGAGCUGGAGGACCUGGCUGAGGAGGUGACGGCCACCAUCAAUGGCACCGUCCACUUCAAGUGCGAUGCCACCGGGCACCCGGUGCCCGCGGUGUCCUGGCUCUGGAACGAUGUCCCCAUUGUGGUCGGCCCACGGCACCAGCUCCUGGAGGGUGGCACGGUCCUGCAGGUCGGUGUCUUCCCGGGUGGCCGCGGUGGAGGCUUUGGCAGCUACGUGUGCGUGGCUGAGAACCCGGCCGGGUCAGCUGAGAAGCACUUUGCCCUCGCUGUGCAGGAAGCUCCCUGGAUUGUGGGCACAAAGCCCGAAAACAUCGAUGGCGUCAUCAACGGCAGUGUCUCGCUGGCGUGCGACGUCCGAUCCCACCCCGCUGCAGAGAUCGCCUGGUACAAGGAUGGCCGUAUCCUGCGGCUUGGUGAGGAGGUGGCCGUCACCCCAGGCUCCCGGGUGCUGCAGCUCCCUCGCCUGCAGCUUUCCAGCUCGGGCACGUACACGUGCGUGGCGCUGAACGUGGCUGGCCGAGACGAGAAGCGCUUCAUCCUCACCAUCCACGAGCCUCCGGGCAUCCAGGACCCGCAGCAGGAGACGCUUGAUGCUGAUGUGGGGACUCCCCUCGUCCUGACCUGCCAAGUCACUGGUGUGCCUAUGCCUGCUGUCACCUGGCUGAAGGAUGGGAGCCCUCUGGAGAGCAGCCCGGAGUGGGGCCUGGUGUCCGGGGGGGGCCAGCUCCAGCUCAGCCCCCUGCAGCCCUUCCACCAGGGCCGAUACACUUGCCUGGUGCAGGGCCCAGGCGCCGAGACGCGCAAGGACUUCGUGGUGCUGGUGCGAGUGGCACCCCGGAUUGCCAGCGCGGGGGUCCCCAGUGAGCAUAACGUGCUGGAGGGCAGAGGGGUGAGGCUGGAGUGCCGGGCAGAGGGGCAGCCCACCCCCCACGUCUCUUGGCUGAAGGACGGGCAGCCCCUGGGGUUGCAGUCCCCUUCACGUGCCCGGAUGUCCCCGGAUGGCAGCUCCUUGCUCCUUGAGGGGGUCCAAGCUGCAGACUCGGGGGCGUACACCUGCGUGGCCCGAAACAGCGUGGGGGAAGAUGCACGGCUGCACACGCUGAGCGUGCUGGUUCCCCCCGCCAUCGAGCGAGGUGCCGAUGACUCGGAGGUGGUCCGUGGAGUUCUGUCCGCAGCGGUGACACUGGAGUGCCGGGCGCGGGGGUCCCCUCCGCUGCAUGUAAGCUGGCUGAAGGACGGGUUGCCCCUCCGCCUGUCCCCCCGCAUCACCCUGCUCUCGGCUGGGCACGUCCUCCGGAUCUCCCAGGCACAGGUCUCUGACACCGGGCUCUACACCUGCAUUGCCUCCAGCCGGGCAGGGGUGGCCGAUCGCAGCUUCGUCCUGCAGAUACAGGUGCCCCCUGUCCUGGAGAGCUCAGAGAGCAGCGAGGAGCAGGUGGUGGCCCAGGGCUCCGAUGUCACUUUCACCUGUGAAGCCACUGGGUCCCCAGCACCGGCAGUGACCUGGCUGAAGGACGGCGAGCCCCUGGCACGGCAGAGCAACCAGGCGCCCAGCAGCCCACGGCUAAGCCUGGUGGCCGUGGGGCCAGCUGACGUGGGGGUGUACUCCUGCCUGGCAUCCAACGAGGUGGGGGAAGCCAGCAAAGCCUUCCACCUCCUGGUGAUGGAGCCGCCCCUCGUCGAGGCUGCGUCCCAGCCCACCGAGAUGUCCAUUGCUGUGGGCACCCCGCUAGAGCUGACGUGUGUGGUGAGGGGUGUCCCUGUGCCCACUGUCACCUGGGAGAAGGAUGGACGGCUGCUGGCAGGGCCCUGGCUUGUGUUGGGGAAUGAGAGCACCCUCCACAUUGAGAGUACUAAGGUGGCUGAUGCUGGCUUGUACACCUGCCUGGCCGCUAGCCCUGCCGGGGAGGACAGCAGGAGCUUCCAUGUCAGCAUCCAAGCGCCUCUCAGCAUCACAAGCGUUGGUGAGACGCCCAGCAUCACCGCUGUGGCAGGGGGGCAGCUCAUCCUGGAGUGCCCUGAGGAUGCCGUGCCGCCUCCCCACAUCGAGUGGUACCGUGAGGGGUCCCCGCUGCAGGUACGUGUGAUAGAACCUGGGACGGUGCACGGGCAGGGGCUGGGAUGCGCCUGCCCCAGUCCCGUUAGGCUCGUGGUGGGGGUGACGUGGGGAGAGCUGCUGACGGGGGCUCCCGGGGGCGUUAGGAGGAUGCCCGCACUGGCCGAGGGGGGCUUCCUGCAGAUCCAGGCCGUGGGGGCAGCGGAUGGCGGGGAGUACAGCUGCAGGGCCACCAGCCCGCUGGGGAACACCAGCCUGCGCCUCCGGGUGGAGGUUCACGGCGAGGGCGCUGCUCAACGGCUCGGCGAUGCUGCCGUGCUUUUUUCCGUGCCCCGGGUGACAUGGCAGAAGGAUGGCCGGCUCCUGCCCCUUCAUGGGAGCAACAGGCUGCAGCUCCUGCCAGGCGGCUCCCUCCAAAUCGACUCCGUUCAGGUCCAGGAUUCGGGCCAUUACCUCUGCAUGGCAUCCAGCCCCGCUGGCUCUGACUGGCGAGGCCUGGACCUCCACGUACUGGUCCCUCCCACCAUCGCCCCUGGGCCCUCCAACCUCACCCUGCUGGCGCAGCAGCAGGCCAUGCUGGGCUGCGAUGCCUGGGGAUCCCCCGAGCCCCACAUCAGGUGGGAGAAGGAUGGCCGCCCCCUGCACCCACACCUCCUGCCCGGCACCUACAGCUUGCAGUCCUCAGGGUCGCUGCUCCUCGCCAGCCCCGGUCCCCGGGAUGAGGGGCAGUUCGAGUGCAUCGCCACCAAUGCCGCCGGAGAGGCACGCAAGGUCUUCCUUGUGUCCAUCUACGUGCCCCCCACCAUUGCUGACGACCUUAUGGACGUGGUUGUCACCCGGCUGUCCCCUGCUGUCCUCACCUGCUAUGCCUCCGGUGUGCCCCCACCCACAGUGUCAUGGAGCAAGGAGGGGGCUCAGCUGGGCAGCCGAGGAGGGGGCUACCGCGUCCUGCCCACAGGGGCCCUGGAGAUCCGGCAGGCGCUGCCGGCACAUGCCGGCCGCUACACUUGCACGGCGAGGAGCGCUGCUGGCACAGCCCGAAAACACCUCCGGCUCGUGGUGCACGAGCCCCCUGCCUUGAAGCCCCUGCCCGGCAUGGUGAUGGUGAUGGUCAACACCAGCGCGGUGCUGUCCUGCGAGGCAACAGGCGUCCCCCAGCCAGAGGUCACCUGGCAGAAGGACGGUGCCAGCAUAGCCGGUG